UGUCCUGGUUGAGCAAAAAAAAAAAAAAAAAAAACAAACCCAAAAAACAAAACGAUGGCAACAUAUGGCGAAGAGCCAGUCGACAGAUACUUCUACUCAUCUUACAACCCUUACAUGGGCAGGUACAGCCGGUCCAGAGACGCGGGGUGGAAAUAUAAAGGUUACUUCUCUCACUAUGGAGAUACCUCUGACGCGUUUAACAACCACCAGCGCGCUCAGCUGAAGUCCAUUUUGUCCCAGAUCAACCCCAAACUCACCCCCAGGCUCAGGAAGGCCAACACCAAGGAUGUGGCGGUACAGGUCAACCCGAAGAAGGACGCCUCGGUGCAGUGCUCCAUCGGCCCGCGGACCCUACAGGCCAUGAAGCGGGACUUCCAGCGCAGGAGGAGGCAGGAGCCCGCCACGCCCAGCAGCCCAAAGGCAACAGGUGGCGUGCGUUACCCCAGAACCCUGGCCGUGUACUCCCCAAUAGCUUACCGGAGCGUAACGUCAUUCCUAGUGGACGACAAUAACAACAAGGAUGCAUCUUCUGAGGCGGUACCGACCGUAGAGCCCCACGGUGACCCGGAAGAGGGCACCGAGGGACAGGAGGAGGAAGGUAAAGCUGGUGAGGAUGAGAAGACGGCGAGGUCUCCGGAACAAAAUCAGAAGCUGAAGCCACAGAUGAAGAGCGAGCUCGCGCCGCCAGUCUCAGAGGAAUCAAAGACCAAGGCCCGCGUGCGCUUCCAGUUCCUGGAACAGAAGUACGGAUAUUAUCACUGCAGAGAAUGCAAUCUGCGAUGGGAGAGUGCCUAUGUAUGGUGUGUUCAGGGCACCAACAAGGUUUACUUCAAACAGUUCUGUAGGAAAUGCCAGAGGGGCUUCAACCCGUACCGUGUGGAAGACAUCACAUGCCAUACUUGCAACAAGGCACGCUGCUCCUGUGCCCUGACGCAGCGACACGUUGAUCCCAAGCGACCCCACAGACAGGACUUGUGUGGAAGGUGCAAAGGCAAGAGGCUCUCCUGUGAGAGCACGUUCAGCUUCAAAUACAUCAUCUGAAACCCAUUUCUACUUGAGGCAAAUUUCAAAACAUGCUCUGCUGGCAAUCCUUGGCUCAAAUGGCCACUUCAAUGCAAUGCACGAAUGUUGUUUCAAAAACUUUAUUUUUUUCAUCUCUUUUGUUGAAUCUGUAAGCACAUGUCUUGCAACAUAAUAAACUGCUACCUUGCA